AUGCAACACUAUCAUACGCUAAGUCAUCAGCAGCAACAACAGCUGAUGCAGCUGCAAAUGCAACAUCAACAGCAAAUACAGCAACAACAGCAACAACAACUACAACAACAGCAUCCGCAUAUGCCACCACAUGCUCGCCACGUGCAACAUCCUGGUCACACAAUGACCAUCAACAGGAAGGUCAUCGAACAGAACCACUACAGUGAGGAUAAUCCUCCACCAUUGCCACCACUGAGGAAUCCUCAGAAAGCACUAGAAUCGGUUCAAGCAAUACCAAGCCUCAACGAUAGUUCCAUUAAUGAGCGCGACAAACAAAUAUACAUUUGUUCAACACUCAAAAAUCCGAACAAUCAUAACACGAACAAUAAUACCAAUAGUAGUAGUAACAAUAACAACAAUGGUCCCCCAAGUAAUAACCCUAACAAUGGAGUUAAUCACUAUGGAACCAUGAAGAACAAUGCACAAGCAGUGAAGAACCAAACAACGUUCAACUCGACACCUCCAACGACAACAAAACCACUACCCUCGAUCAUCAAUACUCCGCUACCGGAAAUUCCCAAACAACCACAGCAGCAAUCGCCAGCACCAGCAAAAGACGAAAUAUACGUCAAGCGAAAGCUUAUUGACCAAAACAGCAAAUUCGCAACCCUGAAGGCCAUUCCCUUGCCGAAAAUUGAAGCUUUGGAGAUUGAAGCUCAAAAGAAGAAAAUGGCACAGGCGCAACAGCAAAAGCAGCAACAACAACAGGAAGCAAACACCCCAACCAGCAAUCCGGUGUCAGCAGCAAACACCCCCCUACCACCACCACCAGUGGCAACCAUGAGCAGCACCAUGACCGCAUCCCAGAUCCAGUCCCUUCCCUUGCCACCUCCCCCACCAGAACUGAUAGAAGAAGAGGAUCUUUUGCCUCCUCCUCCGCCACCAGUUAUGAACCACGACGGCGAAAUGAUGAUAGGCUGUGAUGACCAAUCGAGUAAGCCCAAAAACGACCCCAAAGAAGUUAUCUACGCUACCAAAGCGAUUAACAACCACCACAGUAAAGCGGUGGCGAAUGGCGCCAACAAUGGCGGAAGCAACAACGGUCAAAAUGGCGGCAAUUCAACGAACACGACUAACAAUGGCGACGAGAGUAGUUUCUAUGCGGUGACGGAACUGUAG